UUUGCCUGCGUCAGCGGCGCGCGCCGCGGGAAACCUGACAGGCCGCAUGGCUGCGGGUUGUGCAGAGGCUCCGCCGCCGAAGGCGGCCUCUGAGGGACCAGUGGCGGGACCGGCCGGCGUCCUGCCCUGCCUAGAGCUGCCAACCUACGCUGCCGCGUGUGCGCUGGUGAAUAGCCGCUACUCCUGCCUGGUGGCGGGGCCGCACCGAAGACACAUCGCACUUUCGCCGCGCUACCUUAACAGGAAACGCACCGGUAUCCGAGAACAGCUCGAUGCGGAACUCCUGCGCUACUCCGAGAGCCUUUUAGGUGUCCCCAUUGCAUAUGAUAACAUCAAAGUGGUAGGUGAACUGGGAGAUAUUUAUGAUGAUCAAGGACACAUUCAUCUUAACAUUGAAGCAGAUUUUGUUAUUUUCUGCCCUGAACCAGGGCAAAAGCUUAUGGGCACAGUUAAUAAAGUAUCUUCUAGCCACAUUGGCUGUUUAGUACAUGGGUGUUUCAAUGCCUCCAUCCCUAAACCUGAGCAGAUGCCAGCUGAGCAGUGGCAGAUCCUAGAGAUAAAUGUGGGUGAUGAACUAGAAUUUGAAGUAUUUCGUUUGGACUCAGAUGCUGCUGGAGUAUUCUGCAUUCGGGGAAAAUUAAAUACCUCUAGUUUACAAACCAAGUGCUCUACAGUUUCUGAAGAAGUAACAGAAACUGGCACUGAAGAAAUUGUAGAAAAACCUCUGAAGAAGAAAAAGAAAAAGAAGACAGACCCAGAGCCAUAUGAAGUGGAGAGUGAUAACAGAGAACUAGCAGAUUUUGCAGAUGUCACUGUGAAAGAAGAGACAAACCUGCAGAUUAAUAAUACGAAUGGCUUCCAGAACGAAGAGCCAAAGAAGAAGAAGAAGAAAAGGCACCAGGAGGACCAGGAUCCUGUUUUCCAAGGUAGUGACUCCAGUGGUUAUCAGAGUGACCAUAAAAAGAGAAAAAAGAAAAGAAAACACAGUGAGGAAGCUGAAUUUACCCCACUUUUGGAACACUCAUCUAAAAAGAAAAGGGAAAAGUAAUUCCUUUAGUGCAUUUUACUCAGUUUUUUGAAGAUUGAUUUACAUACCGUAGACGAAUAAAUGUGGGUAUCAUAUGAAAUGCUUGUGUAUUCCAGUAGUCUGCAGAACAGGAAACAUUUCAUUAGUAGGAAUUUUUGGUGCUAAAAUUAUUAAAGUGGUAAUUACUUUUGGAAAUACCAAUAUUAUCAAACUGCCAUUUUAUUGUAUACAGAAUAAGAGGAUAAGACCUCUCUCAAGUCUUGCAUUUUUCCAGUUUUUACAUGCUACAUAAAAUUACUUCUGUCAUCUGAAGACUGGUAAAGGACUUUGUAAUAGAGUGUUAUUUGUAUCAUUACCGAAUGGUUUUGAGCUUGUGUAUUUUUUAGUAGGUUUGACCUUCAGUCAUAAUAUUAUAUGAGAUUUUUAGAUUUUCUCUUCUCUGGCUACUACGAGAUUUCUAUGGUUCUAUUUAGAAUGGUUUGCCAAAGGAGCUCUGAAGUCUCGAGAGCUCAUUAGAACCAUGCCACUCUUGACAGUGGUAGGAAACAUUGUUCACUGUUCUUCCCUUCCAGAUGUAUGUUGGUUUUUGUUUCUGUUUUUGUUUUUUUUUGUAUAAGAGGUUGAUGUAGAGGGCUCUUCUCUUGUACUUGUUUGUGUGUGCCUCAGCUGUAAAUGCCAUUCUUACUAGUAGGAAAUUUCUCAACUACUUUAUAAUUGGGUUAAGGUAUUAAAAACGAUUCUUAAGAGAAAAUUGCACUGUGAAAUGUGGACUGUGUCUUAACUACUGGAAAACACUGAUGAAAUGACAAGCUGGUUCAGGCUGAUAAUCAAUGCAUGGCCACAUUCAUUGAUUUAACAGUACCUGACCACUUUGCUGUGUGUGAAACAUUCUAAGGAACAGAUGUAUAAUGAUUGUAGUCCCUUCCCUUAUGUAGUGUCAUAGGAGAAACAGAUGCACACAUGCACAAUAUAUAUAAGUAAAAUACAGAAAGGCAGUAAUUCUGGGAAGUACUAAAAACAAGAGUGUCUACUGAAUGUAAA